CCUUUGCAUAUAUUCAUCGAAUAAGAUAUUGAGCCUUAGCCGGUUGUUGCGGUUAUAAGCAGUAUUGCGUUUAAAGUGUAAGGAUACUUGACAACUGCUUAGUCAGGGCAGUGGGUUACACUCGUAAAAUGAUCAGCAGAGCGAUUUCAUUCUAUUAUAAAAAUACUUAACUUCCUACUCUCUCGAACUCGAUUGCUGUGGCAACCACCACCUCCGUGGACUAGCACGUUCUACUUCUGUGGAUAUAUGACCAUCGUCGCCAAGGCGUCGACACGUUCUACAUCGUCGUUGAAGGGGAGCUUGAAUCACCGGCGAAGCUCUCCAGUCUUCGAAGUUUACCCGGGAGGCGUGAUGGCGAACUCCCGUACCAUGAAGUUGCGCGAAAAUCAGCUAAAAAGGAAAACGUUGUCGAGAGUGACGGUGUUCAAGACCCUUCACAGACGUCCUUUGGUGAAAACUGGUCACCGUUUCCUAACUUAGGGGAUCUGGAUCUUUCUACGCAGGUUGAGCACGGUGAGGCUCCACCUCUUUAUGAAGCUCCGAGUGGAGUGAGUUAUCAUAUUCAUUGGAAUACAUUGCACUGUCUCAUCUCAAAGAUAUUGCAGGAAUUUCAGUCUGUCAGUCUCGAAUAUUAUGUUGCUCAAUUCAUCUGAAAAAUGUCGUCGAAGGAGUUCAGAACUUUGCUCUCUUGCUCUUGUUAAAAUUUUGGUAUUGCACAGGCGUUCAUCGCUGCCAAAACCUUAUCAGACGAAAAGUUGUUCCAGUGGUAAGUCACAGUGACCUAUAACCUUCAAAUUUUCCUGCAGUCAAGCUCUAAGCUGCAGUAUUGCCUCG